CCACCAAUAUCUUGACUCGGAGGAUUAGGGAGUCCCGAACAUCGCGUUUUUAAACUGCUCUGGCCACUGGCAGAACUGUUUCAGUAUCUCGGCGUUACCCUUUUCGCACACAGGAUGACACGUACACACGCUGUUCCGAUUCGUGUUGCCAUAUUCUCUGCACUUGCUGCAGUUGCAUUCGGAAGCAAUGCUGGACCGCUGCUGCUAGAUCUUCUCCAUCCGAGGACCGAUGCGAACGUACCGGCUGGAUAUGUGGCGCAGCGUUCGGAAGCAUUCCGAUUUCGUACACGCGUCGAUCAUUUUGACGUGCAGAACAGAGCAACGUUCGAGUUCAAUUACGUCUCGAACGGCGAGUACUAUCGACCGGGUGGACCCAUUUUCAUCGUCGUCGGAGGCAACAAUGCACUGAACCCGUAUUUCAUCGAGAAUGGGCUGUUUCACGACAUUGCGCGACGGCAAGGUGGUUGGCUGUUUAGCAACGAGCAUCGGUACUACGGUCGCAGCUCGCCAGUUGGGGACUAUUCCGCGCCCAACAUGCGGUUUCUGAGCGUCGAACAGGCGCUGAUCGAUCUGAUCGAAUGGAUUGAACAUCUGCGCCGCGAGGUAGUGCGUGACCCGAACGCGAAGGUCAUCCUGCACGGACUCGGCUAUGGCGGAGCGGUUGCCAUCUGGGCCCGGCAGCGAUUCCCCAGCCUCAUCGAUGGUGCCUACGGGUCGACCGCAUCCGUCAUAGCGCGAGUUGACUUUGCCGAGUACGGGGAGGAUAUGGGCGAAACGAUUCGUACGCUCGGGCAUGGCGAUUGCUAUGGUAUCGUGUGGCGUGGAUUCCGCACGGCCGAGAACCUGAUAGAAGCUGGACUGUACGGCCGCCUGUCGGAGAUGUUCCGCACGUGUGUGCCACUGCGGGCCGACGAUCCGCUCACGAUCGAAACGUUCUUCUACGGGCUGAAGAGUUCGUUCGAGGCGGAAAUGUUUGGCCAGGCCAGUCCCGACUCGGUGACGCGCAUGUGCGCCGAACUGCUUGCCGAUCCGGCCGAGACGGCGCUGGAAGUCUUGGCAAACUUUUUCGAGCGCCGGUACGGUGCGUUCGACUGCGUGCCGUUUGACUUCGAGAGCAACAUUGCGAGCGCACUGGACGAGGAAGUUGGCGUACCGAACAAUGCGGACUUUGGCAUUAGGCAGCGCACGUACCAGCUGUGCACCGAGUUCGGAUGGUUCCUGACGUCGUCGUCCGGGGGCAGUCCGUUUGGGACGCGCAUCACCUACCGGUACUUUAUCGACACGUGCCGGGCGGUGUUUGGUGAGUGGAUCGAUCAGUCCGUCGUGUAUGACGGUGUGCGGUUGACGAAUUUGCACUUCGGUGCGGAUGAUCCACGCGUCACGAAUGUGGUUUACGUGAAUGCCCAGCACGAUCCGACCCGGUUAGUUUCGCUCACCGACUAUACGAAUCUACUGGCCAAUGCGUUCGUUAUAAAGGGCGCGGUCGUAUCACUCGAUUGGAUAGCGGAGACACCGCUCGAUUCAGAGGAUUUGCUGCGUGUUAGAGAGGAAAUCGUGGGGUACGUUGUGAGUUGGCUUAGUUAGUUAGUGGAGUUUUUGGAGUUUAGUAACAGAAAUUGUUGAAAGAGUAUUGAAAUGCUAUCUUUUUGAAAAUAGUCAGCAGAGGAUCAUAGAUUGUUAUAAAGUAAACUUGUUACACUGGACUAAUGCACAUCAAGUGAAAAAAUAAAACAGCUAUAUCUAA